AUGCGAUUAUUCGCGACCGGUAGGGCCCUGCGUGCCAGCAGUGGCCGUUGGUCGAUUGCCUCGACUCGACCUAGAAUCCCCCUCGCCCGAACAUACCCGCUCCGCCAGUCCAUUCCCGCCGUCACUCGAGACUGGAGCUCGACAGUCGCUUGCCGGGUAGCUGAUCAGAGCGGCAAUGCCAGCUCAGGCAGGCAAGCAGCAAGUGGCCCGCCCAAACUUGCGAUCGAGGGUGACAAUUAUCCCACCGACCAGUGGACCAACACCCCGGAAACGAUUCUGUCCCAUGUGGGACGACGUCUCUAUCUCGAUGAGAACCACCCGCUCGCAAUCACACGCAAGCUCAUUGAGAGCCAAUUCCCCGCUCCAGUCUUCGGCAAUUAUUUUGAGAAGAACCCUGUUGUUACUACCACCCAAAAUUUUGACGUCCUGGGCUUCCCGCCGGACCAUCCAGGUCGCAGCCGAACAGACACAUACUACAUCAACGACAAAACCGUCUUGCGCACCCAUACCAGCGCACAUCAGCAAGCCUACUUCCAGCAGAUCAACCAAAAUGAAAAGACACGGCCCAAAGAAGUUGGAUAUACGGUGAUUGCCGAUGUCUAUCGCCGCGAUGCAAUCGAUCGCAGUCACUACCCGGUCUUUCACCAAAUGGAAGGUGCUAUGCUUUGGAAGCGGCCUGAUGAAAACCCGCUCGCGCAUUCCGCGGAGACCGCUGCGAAUAUUAGAAAAGAUCUGGAUCUGCUACCGCGCCACGAUGUCCCGGUCGAGGACCCCAAUCCAACCCUCCACGCUCAGCGGAACCCGCUGCAGGCCGAGCAUCACAGCGAGGAAGAGGUCGAGGCGAUUGCAGCACAUCUCAAGCGCUCCCUUGAACUCAUGGUUAUUCGGGUCUUCACCGAGGCUAGCAAGGCCGCUGCAGCGAGCUCUAAUAGCGAUGCUCAGCCCGAACCGCUGAAGGUGCGUUGGGUGGAGGCGUACUUCCCUUUCACCAGCCCCUCGUGGGAGCUUGAAGUGUUCUGGCAGGGUGACUGGCUGGAGAUCUUGGGGUGCGGCGUCAUCAAGCAAGAUCUGCUGAACCAAUCCGAUGUCUCCAACCGCGUCGGCUGGGCUUUCGGCCUGGGCAUCGAGCGCAUUGCCAUGCUCCUGUUCAAUAUUCCCGACAUCCGCCUUUUCUGGUCUCGCGACGAGCGAUUCCUAUCUCAGUUCCGCGCCGGCCAAAUCACCCGCUUCGAACCCUUCUCCAAGCACCCUGCCUGCUACAAAGACGUUGCCUUCUGGCUCCCACCGUCUGCUGUCACUGGUGGGAGCAGUGCUGCCGGCGGUGCGGUACCAUUUCACGAAAACGAUGUGAUGGAGAUCGUCCGUGGAAUCGGCGGUGAUCUUGUUGAGGACGUUAGCCUGAUCGAUGAAUUCACGCACCCCAAGACCGGCCGCAAAAGCAUGUGCUACCGCAUCAACUAUCGUAGUUUGGAGCGAACCUUGACCAACGAAGAGGCUAAUGAGAUGCAUGACCAAGUCCGGGCGAAACUGGUUGGCGAUUUUGGGGUGGAGUUGAGGUGA